AUGCCCGAAGACACUCCCACCACCGUCCCCUACCGCCAAAUCAGAGCCCGGUACGACGACACCACCAUCACCGUCUACCAGGCCUACUCGGCCACCAUUGCCGACGCCGCUGUCGCCGCCCAGCGCCUAUCCGCCUCGCCCGACUUUAAGCCCGGCCGCAUGACCUGGGUCAAGCCGAGCUGGGCGUGGAUGAUGUACCGCGCCGGCUACUCGUACAAGGAUGCCCGCCAGGCGCGCAUCCUCGCCCUGCGCAUGACGCACGAGCGCUUUCUCGCGCUCCUCCAACGCGGCGUCCUGUCUCAUGGCAACCAAGACACGGCCCGGGACAAGGCCGGCGAGGUCCGCGUCCAGUGGGAUCCGGAGCGCACGCCGGGCCUCGAGCGGCUGCCGCACCGCAGCAUCCAGAUUGGCAUCCCGGCGGGCCUGAGCGAGCAGUGGGCGAAUGAGUGGAUUGUGUCGAUUGAAGACGUCACCCAGACGGCGAGGGACCUUAAAAAGGCGCUGGAGGAAGAUGCGGAUGUAUCGUUGGAGGCGCUAAUAGAGCGUGGGCUCGUGCCAGAGGAGAGGCCCUUUGCGGUGCCAGAUAGUAUCAUGACCAAGCUGGACAUGACACAAGCCGAGCCGAAUACUUAG